AUGCGUGCCACCGGGCAACAACAGUUGCAGCACGAGACAAAGCAAGUUCGCCGGGAAGAACCGCGCCUCCGCCGUAAUAGAACCCUCCGAGAUGGCGAGAAGAGCAAAGUGCUGGUGAUCGGAGGCACUAGAUACACCGGAAAGUUCGUCGUGAAGGUGAGUGCUAAGUCCGGUCACCCUACCUUCGCUCUCGUGAGGGAGUCCGCUCUCUCCGACCCCACCAAGGCUGAAAUGGUCGAAGAUUUCAAUAGCUCAAGCAUCAGUAUAUUCCCGAGAUUCUUGCCUUCAGAUUUUGGAAAUGAUGCGGAUCGUAACGAUGCUGUGGAACCAGCAAAAACUGGAUAUGCUAUCAAGGCCAAGAUUCGCUGCCUUGUUGAGGCUGAGGAAUCCCUUAUACAUUUGUGGCUUCUAACUCUUUGGAAAUUUCCACCUUCGGACAUUGUCACAGCUCGGGGCUACAGCUCCCCCUAG